GAGAGCUUCUAGUUCGGCGGUGUUGCAUGCGAGGGGUCUGCACGGUCACGGUGAACACAUAGGCUACUACACCGCUGGGAUAACGGAAUUCCUACCAGAGACACCCGCGCACGACAGUUUUUGUUCGAUGUUACAGCUUUGAACUACUUAUGCGAUGUUGUUAUAGUGACUGCAAAUGACAUUGCCGCAUUUAUUUUAUUUUUUUUAAAAAUAAUUUACAGCGGAUAGUUUCGGUGAGGGCAGGUGUUGGGAAUAAGGCGAGGUUUUUGAAUUGUAUCUCUUCUGAAUCAUUUUGUGGACGGCGUGGACCAAAGGCACGGGACGAGAUGGAUACGGAAAAGUACUUACCGGAGCUGAUGGCGGAGAAGGACAAACUGGACCCCACGUUUCAUCACUCUCUACGAUUACUAGAUCAAGAAAUUGAAAAAUUACAAAAAGAUGAAGGAAAAGAAGAAAAAGAAGAGGAGAAGUUCAUCGAUGUCGUCAUCAACAAGAACAUGAAGCUGGGUCAGAAAGUGUUAAUACCCGUCAGACAGUUUCCCAAAUUUAACUUUGUGGGCAAACUGCUGGGUCCACGCGGGAACUCACUAAAGAGACUGCAGGAAGACACGCUCACUAAGAUGUCCAUUCUGGGGAAAGGAUCAAUGAGAGACAAAGAGAAGGAGGAAGAGCUACGGAAGAGUGGAGAGGCCAAAUAUCAGCACCUGAACGAGGACCUCCAUGUCCUCAUAGAAGUGUUCGCUCCCCCUGCAGAGGCCUACAACAGGAUGGGUCACGCACUGGAGGAGAUCAAGAAGUUCCUCAUACCUGAUUACAAUGAUGAGAUCCGACAGGCGCAGCUGCAGGAGCUGACGUACCUGAAUGGUGGCUCAGAGGAUGCCAAGGUGCCAGCGGUGAGGGGCAAGCUGCCUGCAGCACGGGGUAGAGGGACACCUGCCCCAGGACCCAUCAGGAGUCGAGGAGGUGUGCCCCCUCCCCACGCAGCUGUCCCCCGUGGAGCAGCACCGAGAGGGGCACCCCCUAGCCGGGUACCAUCCGCCCGAGGGAGGGGUGUGCCAGCACAAAGAACACGAGGGGCUCCCCCGCGGAGACCACCGCCUCCCGUAGUACAAGACACAUAUGGGGAAUAUUAUGGUUUCCAAUCAGAGACAGCUGUCUGCCACUUCCCACGCUGCGCUUUAGUCCACUCUUCCUUCCACCGACGAGAGCCGUUACAGAACACAGCACCAAAGAAGGACCAAGCAGGGUGGCUAGGAGGACGGGACAUGGGAGGAAAUCCUGGAGGGAGAAGGACCCUGGACACGGGCCGGGGAGGAUCGCCGUCCAAGGGAGCAGAUGGAGGCAGCGAGAGCGGAACGGUGACUAUGCCAAGAGUUAGCUCAACGACGGAAGCACGAGAGGCAGCUCCCCCCCCCCCAAAUGGGGGGGGAGGGCACACAGGGAGAUUGGUGGAGGUAGGGUUUAGACCUAAGCCAACUCCCCGUGCUUACCGUGGGGAGCGUGUGUCCGGAGCCCACAGCGACGAUCUACGGUCCGGAGGUCCCGGUGACAAUCCCUGCACCGAAGGUGCCACUGUAGUGGGGGGAGCCUAA